CUGAACACUUUCGGGACGAGAGGAUCUCUCGUUCAUGCCACCAUCAUCGCUGGCGAAUGCGAUCUGACCAACAAAACCAAAGUUUUUCGAUUUCAUCGCCUCUCUCUCUCAUUUCGUGAUUCCCCAAACCCUCCUCCACCCUCCGCCUCUUCUCUCGAAUUGCCGUCAUGGUGCUUCCGCUCCUCCGGCGCGCAGCGAUCGCCCGCACUUCUUCGCUUCUCAGAGCUCGUCUUCUCGCUCCCGCCUCCGGAUUCCACACUCGCUUUUCUAAUGGACUAUGCCACUCGGACGACAAGAUUAGUAGCAGUCAUGGUGCUAGUUUCAGGUCUGCCUCGAUAGACAUGAUUACAAGAAUGGAUAAUAGUCAUCCAACUUCCAUUCUGCGUUUUGGCAUGCGGAACUUUUCAUCAUCAGGAACCACACCACAGACAGUUCUUACAAUGCCAGCCUUGUCUCCUACAAUGAGUCAUGGUAAUAUUGCAAAAUGGUUGAAGAAAGAAGGCGAUAAGGUAGAGGUGGGCGAUGUACUAUGUGAGAUAGAGACAGACAAAGCCACUGUAGAACUCGAGAGUCAAGAAGAAGGAUUUCUGGCCAAGAUUGUAGUAACUGAAGGAUCAAAGGAUAUUCCCGUUAAUGCACCAAUUGCAAUAAUGGUUGAGGAGGAAGAUGAUAUUCAAAAUGUUUCUGCUGUAGAAGGUGGACAAGUUGGUAAAGAGGAAACCUCAGCUCAUCAAGAGAAGAAAUCUGAAGAAAGCACACAACAAAGAGAUUCCAUUCAGCCUGAUGCAUCAGAUCUUCCCCCACAUGUUGUCUUAGAAAUGCCAGCACUUUCUCCCACAAUGAACCAAGGUAACAUUGCCAAAUGGUGGAAAAAAGAGGGUGACAAGAUUGAAGUAGGUGAUGUCAUAGGUGAGAUCGAGACUGACAAAGCUACUCUGGAAUUUGAAAGCCUUGAAGAAGGGUACUUAGCUAAGAUUCUAAUUCCUGAAGGUUCCAAGGAUGUUGCUGUCGGAAAGCCGAUUGCACUUAUAGUUGAAGAUGCUGAAAGCAUUGAAGCCAUCAAGUCUUCUUCCGCAGGUGGUUCUGAGGCUGUUACUGAAAAACAAGCCCCUCAAAGUGUUGUAGAUAAAUCCGGAGGGAAGAAAGCAGGCUUCACAAAGAUCAGUCCAGCAGCAAAGCUAUUGAUUUUAGAACAUGGAUUGGAGGCAUCAUCAAUUGAGGCCUCGGGUCCCUACGGUACAUUACUGAAAUCGGACGUUGUUGCCGCAAUUGCUUCUGGAAAAACAUCUAAAAAAUCAGUGUCUACGGAGAAGAAACAGCCAUCAAAGGAGAACAUAUCUAAAUCCUCUUCCGUAUCGCGGCCUGAAUCAAAGUCUUCAGUGACACCGUCAAAUGAUUAUGAAGAUUUUCCCAAUAGUCAAAUUCGCAAGAUCAUAGCUAAACGUUUAUUGGAAUCAAAACAGAAAAUACCCCAUUUGUAUUUAUCAUCAGAUGUUGUAUUGGAUCCUCUUCUUGCAUUUAGAAAAGAACUUCAAGAAAACCAUGGUGUUAAAGUGUCGGUCAAUGACAUAGUUAUCAAAGCAGUGGCAGUCGCACUGAGGAAUGUACGACAAGCUAAUGCUUUCUGGGAUGCUGAAAAAGGAGAAAUUGUUUUGUGUGAGGAUGUUGACAUAUCAAUUGCAGUUGCAACUGAGAAGGGCUUAAUGACUCCAAUUAUCAGAAAUGCAGACCAGAAAUCUAUUUCUGCUAUUUCCUCAGAGGUUAAGGAGCUGGCACAAAAGGCGCGAUCCGGAAAGCUUGCUCCUCAUGAGUUUCAAGGAGGGACAUUUAGCAUUUCAAACCUCGGAAUGUAUCCUGUGGACCAAUUCUGUGCAAUCAUUAACCCCCCUCAGGCUGGAAUUCUAGCAGUUGGUAGAGGAAAUAAAGUUGUGGAGGCAAUUCUUGGAAUAGAUGGAACUGAGAAGCCUUCGGUUGUAACAAAAAUGAAUGUGACGCUAUCCGCUGAUCAUCGGAUCUUUGAUGGACAAGUUGGAGCUUCGUUUCUGUCUGAACUGCGUUCGAACUUUGAGGAUGUUCGAAGACUUCUCCUUUGAGAAAGAAGCUGUUCAACAAAUGAACCCUUGGAUGAUUACUGCAUAAUAAACCUUGGACCCACGUACACAUCCAGAACCAUAACUGUUGGUCAACAGUACAAGCUCUGAAUCACUUGUUUCAUUUUUUACUCUUUGGUUUCUGACUACCAAAAAUUUGGUUUCGGUUUACAUUUCUUCUCAUAGAUUUGUAUCUUCUUGAGGUAUUAUUGUUUGCCCGGUCCUCUGAAAAAUAAAUAAUUUCAGCUGUC